AUGUCUCGGCAUCCGGCAACUGACACGAACGGAAACCAGCUUGCCGCAUACAGAUUGGUAAAAAAAUAUAAAACCUCUUCCACAGCGCAAGACCAAUCACAUGUACAGAUAUUUCAUAGCAUAUCCGGGACCUCACCCGGCCCAAUGUACUAUCGAGAACUACUGGGGGUUGAGGGAAGCAACAUGUACUGGUAUAACGCUGCACUAGUUGCAAUUCCAGAAGAUUAUAAAAAAGAAUAUAAGGAACGUGAGAAUAAGGGAGAAGAAACAGAGACUGGUAGUAACUCAAUUACACUCCCUCCCGUCGAAUUGGCAGAUGUCAUUUGGGACAUAGAGCCGAUAAAAUUGCGAUACACCACAUUCUUCAAAAAGCCCAAGAAACCCAAAGAUUUCAGAUUAACUUAUUUGGCGACGGGGUCCGGAUCGGAUUUCUCGAGCAUGUCCAGGAAAGAAAGUUCUUUGGGAGGUUAUGUUGGUGAAGUAACAGUUCCGUUUGACAAGACGACGGUACAGCGUUAUUGGUGGAUUCCAACAUCUUCGUCUAAAUGGACGUUUACUGCACGAAACGACCCAACUACACCAUUGGCAGAGAUUUCUGCUACGUCCGACGCGGAUGAAUUCGAUAUUGUCUUUCUGCGCAGUCAUCCGCCUGGAUGGAGUCCCAAGAUGGCCGAGAGAUUGUCCCGAUAUAGUGGAUUGUCAGGGGGGUCAGCCAGUGGGUUUCAGCCCGUAUCGGAAACGGUAAAGGCAAACGGUGUAAGGGAGAGCAUAGUAUCAUAUAUAGGAUCGGGUCGAGAUUUUACGGUCAAUGAGGAUAGCGGGAGUAAGUAUUGGCAAGAAUAUGUGCUUGCAAGUACUGUAGUCGUGCUGCGAGAGGUUAACAAAGAAAAGAAGGGAUUAUAA